AUGUCUGGCCGAGGCAAAGGUAAAGCUAAGGGCACCAAGUCCAAGACUCGCUCAUCCCGUGCCGGACUUCAGUUCCCCGUCGGCCGUAUCCAUCGUCACCUCCGUAAGGGCAACUACGCUGAGAGAGUAGGCGCCGGUGCACCUGUAUACCUUGCUGCAGUCCUAGAGUAUCUAAGUGCUGAGAUAUUGGAGCUUGCCGGUAACGCUGCUCGUGACAACAAGAAAACGAGGAUAAUCCCGCGUCACCUACAGCUUGCCGUGUACGCCCUGAAGCGCCAAGGGCGCACUCUGUACGGCUUCGGUGGCUAA